AAGACUUCAGGGACACCCAAUCGUAAGGAAGAAACCUCGGUAAACAAAACCAGAAGUCAGUUUUGACGAAGAAAGGAUCUAGUUUUUUUCCAACGACAGGUGCAAACUCGCGGGAAUAGAUUUCAACCCAUUUUGAGGCCUCAGUUUUCAGCGAAUGUGAGGCUGUCUUCGUUAUGACCUUUCGAGCCGCUUUUUUCUGGGGGAUUAUAUCUUUUCUGGUGUUUGUUUUCGCUGGAGCGGUAAAAAGUAGACCCGUUGGUGAUGAAGUGUGCCACAUCGCCAAAGAAGGAGAAUGUGGUUGCCAAUGUAUAGAAACAAGAACAUCCACCUGGUCCAGUCUAGCCUAUCUUUAUAAACGAAUAUUCGUAAGAUCCUUCAGCCCACUGGAAUUGGAAAUCGAAUGUCAAAAAUGCCAAAGCGAAUGCGCAGAACAUCUGAGGUCUCAGUGCAAAAAUGGCAAAUGCGUAAGUAAUAGUUGUGAGUGUCACCAGUGCUGGGAAGGAAAAACGUGUGAUCAAGCAGCUAAUGACAACCCACCACAGUUUGAACAGAAGUCCUAUACUGCCCAGAUAACAGCCAAUAGUGAAGUUGGUGCCAUCGUUCUUACUGUUGGUGCAUUUGAUAAAGACAGAAAAAGGUGUGCCAAAGAGGUUCCCUGUCCUUGUGCCAGUAUCGUAUACAGUAUCACUAGAGGCAACGAAGACGACUUCUUUAGCAUCGAAAAGCAUUCUGGGAAGAUAAGGGUGUCGAAGAGUCUUACAGCACACGAUGGUACUUCUUUUGACCUGACCGUGAGCGCAGAAAACGAAGGGCAGGGAUUCAACCAGCAGAAGGACACUGCUAUCUUACGUAUUGAUGUUGCGGCCUUAAAACAAAGACACCGAAGAUCUGCAGACCAUCAUAUUGUUAGGCGUAGUACACCGAUUGCCUCUCCAUCGGGAGUAAUCGUCGUCAAACCUGAAGUUCAAAACAAUACUUUCUAUAAACCAGGGGAUAGUAUUACUUUUAAUGUAACUUUGUCACACAAUCAGUCCGCAAGUACCUUCGCACCUGACACGGACCUGCAAGUCAAAUGCAGCUCGACAUUUCUCAACGUGUCUGAAUACGUAGCCAGCAAGGGUAUGCCUAGCAGCGGGCAUACAGUUUCAAAUGGCGAAAUCACAUUCAAUGUGAUUUCUUUACCUCAAGCCGGUGUUUCGAGUGUAAUCUUUAAAACAACUGUCAAGUCAACCAUCCAUCCAUUGGCCAACCUCUAUAUGGUCUGUGAAGCAACUGGUACCAGGGCAUCGACCAACUACAAAAUAAGCCCAGUGUCUUCUAGCCCUUCACUCUAUGCAGUCUUCCCAAAGGUCACGCUUACUCGAAUAACCGAACCCUCAAAAUCAUUGUUUGAAAUUGAAGACAGUUUGCAAUACCGUAUGAUCAUCGACAUGCCGCAUCUGGAUUUCCCGCUCUUUGUGGAAGUGACUUCUGCCAUCAACGACUUCUCUUUCAUGCCUAUCCAAGAUGUAAAAAUCAGUGCCAAAGGCUCAAAUAUUGGCGCUGGUCCUGGUGGCAACGUUGAUCCAGUUCCGCAAUACACUAAAAGCUCCAAUGAUCUUACCUUUUUCGACAGCGCUACGUUGGAUUUCAAGAACCUUACGGUGGCUGCUGAGUCGGAUGUCAACAAUAAGAUCGAAAUACAGUGGAAGGUCAAUCUGACGGAUCAUCCUUUGCUUGCAAAUGGUUCAAAGCAUUGGAAUGGAGCUGGUCUAAGCAGUGGACCCAAUAUGCUGCAUGUGGCACAACAAGCCAUUUACAUGAAAAAGAUUGAGCCAACGCUGGCCUGUGCACUGACUCCUCAAAACGACACAGCUGCCACUAGAUUCUCUAUCGAUGACACACUCUCCUUCAAUCUUGAAUGUAAUCACACCAACACGUCAACUGCCGAUGCAAAGAAUGYGGUGGUCAAAUGCUACUCAACCUAUCUUGAUUUUGUCAAAGCGUCGUACACUCCUACUGGAGGCGCCGUCACUCAAGUUACGAAGAUGAAUGACACCAUGCUUACGGACAUAACAGUAGCAAAUGUUCCUCUAGGGACAAAGAUAACAGGAAACUUCAACAUGAAAGUUCGACAAAACAUAAACCCAUUAGUUGAACUCGAUGUUUUCUGUCAGAUCGCUUAUCAAAAUUUGGCUGAUAAAAACAAGAUGACUACAACACACAAAGCUGUUCCACCAGCUGUAGCUGCAGUGCCAAUCAUCACACUCAACAUCGUAAACCCCUUGAGCUGCUACAAAGUAGGCUCUGAAAUCGAGUUGGCAUUCRAAGUGCUGGUGAGAAAGAUGAACACACCACUUCUCGUAGAGCUCAUAGCGCCAGUAAACAGCUCUUCUCCUAUAAUGGCAAUAACAUCAGUCACCUCCCCUACAGUUGGCGCAAACAUCAUGAAUAAAGCCAGUCUUGAAAGCAAGCGCGUGGUCUGCAAGUCAACAGUUAACGACACAAUGUAUGACCGAUGCACGAUCGAUUUUGGAACCGUGACGAGCAUCGUAGGAGUCGCGAACGCCUCAGUAAAUGAAAUCUCUCUCAACUUCAAUGUUAUUUUGAAUGAUCAUUCUAAUGUUACCAAUGGAUCCAAAUACUGGCCAGCGGUUGGUGUGAGAGGGGGAAGCCGCAUGAUGUGGAUUGGAGAGACCGCUGUCACUGUUUGCAUGUCAGCAGACCCAAAGCCUGUCUUGAAGCUGGAGUCCAAGUGUUACGUACCUUCCACGUCCCAGUCUUGCUGCGAAGGAAACUUAAGGAGAAACGACAAUGUUCAGUUUAACAUAACGCUCUCCCAUGAUCUUACAUUAUCUGAGCAACAUGCACAAAAUGUCAAGAUUCUUCACAUGAUACCUAUAUACGUAAAAUACUGGAGAGAGAUCUUCAAAAGCCCAAGCGGAAUGACUUAUAAUGAAACACCAGGAGGACCAGAACUGAAGGAUAUUAAAGAACUUCGUUUCAAAGAAGAGUUGAGUUUUUCGUACCUUGCCACCCUCGAUCCCUUGAAUAUAAUGCCUCCAGGAGACAUCCAAGCUACGUCUGUUGCUGAGGUUACGUAUUACGGACAUGAUGGCUUGACGGUGCUCAGCAGAAAAGCGGGUGUCUGUUGCUACUAUCAAAACCCAGGUCCUUCAAGGGAAUCGCCAGYGCAAGAACCUUCGCCACUUCCAGAAUAUUACAAGCGAGGAUUCUUGUUGAUACCCAAAAGCAAAACACUUUUUGUCUGCUCCGAAAACACGGCCAGAACCAGCUGCUUUUAUACCUCUGAUGCUGGAGUAAGCUGGGUUGCCAUAAACGAGCAAGUUGGUCGUAUAAUCGGCAAUGUCGGGGAGACUCUGUAUGCAAUCAGCAGCAACAAACGUGCCUACAUGAUGCAGCAAACCCGUGCUGAUACUUGGUAUGCUAUAACACCUGAUGACUGGGCCAAAGUCAAGACUUCUGCUGAAACAAACCGUAAGGUCGUUGAGGAUAAUCAUACUAACGAGGGUGACCCGCAAAUCGUUUCGUCUGAUUCCAACACGAACAAAUAUGGAGCAAACAAGAACGGCAUCUACUUUCGAAGUGGAUCAGCAGGAACAAAAAGCUGGGUACAAAAAGCCAUGUGGAAAUGCUGUGGUUGAGCAAAAUGAAUUGAUCGCGCACGUGGUGUAUAAGUUAAUACUGUACGUUGUUGUAGAGCACAAGAAAAGCCGCGCCUCUACCUUGCUUCUCUUGUUCUCUACAUUUUCUACAUCAAUUUUAAUCAUCACGUCGUCAACAUCGCGCGCUGCUGUUGGGUCUUUGUUUUGGUAUGAAUUAACUUCGAUAAAUCCUAAAAAUAGCGUACUAAUAUGAUUUAUUUCGCAUGAAUUUCGUAAAGCAACUGAAUCAAGAUUGAACUAGAAAACCUCACUUGAAAUCGAAGUAUACUUAUGCGCGCUUGCGCAUCUAAAUCGCAUUUCCUAUUUCGUUCCUUUAAGGUUUUAUCUGAAGAGGUGGUUAUAUCGUAGUAUUUUUGAUCAAUAUAUCACUUACAUUCAUAUCCGUAUAUCAUACAUAUCUCUUGCACCAUCCUACCAAUCUCAAAAUGUUAUUAUGAUGUUGCCAACAGAGCAUGCUGUCAAUCAAUGGUUAUAAAUGUUGCGUUAAAUUUGAAAAUAUUAUCAAUGUUUCCACAUACUUACAAUUUUUCAUACACAUAAGUAUAGCUCUACGUUCGGUGUUAUGUAUCACCAUGAGUGAUGUAAGAUUCGUAAGGUUCUCCCCCUCCCCCACCCCCGCAGUCUGACAUCCAAACGACACCAUACCAUAUUUAACCAAGUAACACCGAUUUUGAGGAGUUUGAUCAAAAAAAAAMCAAAAAAAAACCUGAAGGUUGACGUUUGUAUAAUAUAUCCUAUACCUAGAGUAGUCUAAUUAAGCAAGGAGUAAAGCACUAAAUUAAUAUUUAAUAAUAUACAGGGCCGUAACCAGGGGGAGCACAGGGUGCAUGUGCACCCCCACCCCGCCCAYAAAAGCUUAAGGUCCGCUCAUCUAUCUCCUUUUGCUUUAAAAUUGCAUGUAAAUGUUUUUUUGAUUAAAUGAAGACCACUUUCCAUCUGCAUAUUGUAGCAUUUUUAAGAAUCACUCACCCAUUAUCCUUUUUUUGUUUCUGAUGUUUUUCUUUGGUUCUGCUAUUUUUUGGUUACCUUUUUUUUGGUUCUGCAAUUCAUUGCCUGUGCACCUCCCCUGCAAGAUCCCUAGUUACGCCCCUGAUAUAUGUAUGUAAUCUAGCUGGACUGGUUACAUGUACCUUUAUGUAUCAAAUCAUAGCAAACUAUUUCUCUCUUAAAAGAGCUUCAAGACAAUGUAAGUUGAUCAAUGUUAAAAUACAGCGUCUAGUGGAAACAAGCUGAACUCAAGAUGAAAUUUUCUUUAGGAGCAAGUGCUAAGCUAGAAAAGAUAUACUUCUUUUUUUCAGUAUAACAAACUCAUAUAUAAGUUCUUUGAGAAUGAGUUUUAAAUUUUCAGGAUUAAAGUUCUUCAAGUGUGACGCAUGAUUCUCUAGUCAGGAUACAAUUCUCUGGUUAUUAUAGACUGCAUAAAAUGAUAAAAUGUAUCAUAGAAAUAUAGAAAAGUGACAUGGAAAUAGUUACUGUAUGUGAAUGCAAGUGAUUUGAAAAAGCAUAUUUGUUAAUAAAGUUCUUAGAAUAGAUUGUAA